GAUGGCGCAUCUGACAGCGCCAACUGGAGCGCAAUGGAGGUCCCGCGGCUCCGCGUCACGCUUCUGUCUCCAACUCCCCCCAAAAAAAACCGACGCGUGGACGGAGGAGGACGCGAGAGGACGAGCUGAACGUUUGCCUUCUUUUUCUUGUUUUUGUUUUUCCUUUUGCUUCCGAAUGGGCAGCGACAUCAGUAAAAAGAAGAAGAGAGAAGGACCAGCUGCUCAGCGUCGACUCAGUCAUGGGUUCCUCUCAAACGUGGGGUUCUCCAUCAAUCACAGACUGGCCCACUCGGCCGUGUUUUCUCAGCCGGUGGGACCGAAUGGCUGGUCCCCCGUCCCCAAACCCCUCCUGCCUCCAGAAGACACAGAGCCCUCCAUCCCCAAACCCCUCCUGCCUCCAGAGGACACAGAGACCACUCCUCCAGCUCCCAUUUCCGUCUUUUUGCCUGAGUUCCCACAGCGGAGACUUCCUGCACGAGACCAAUUCCAGAUCCUGGGCUUCAUUGCCAAAGGUUCAUAUGGACCCAUCUUGAAAGUGAGGGACAUUUUCAAAGAAAGGACCUAUGCUGUUAAGGUUCUACCAAAGUCAAAUAUCUUGAAGCAUGGAGUCUUGGAGCAGUCAAAAGAAGAAGUCGUCAUUCAGCGGCAGCUCAAACACCCGUUCAUCCACAAUCUGCAGGACUGCUGGCAGACACAACACCAUCUCUUCAUUAUGUGCGACUACUGCAGCGUCGGGGACUUGUACACUUACUGGUUACUGAGGGGCCAGUUUGGGGAGGACGAUGUCCGGCUCUUUGCUGCAGAGCUUGGCAGUGCGCUGGGAUUUCUUCAUGACUUAGGCAUCGUGCAUAGAGAUAUAAAGAUGGAGAACAUUCUUUUAAAUGAUCAAGGUCACCUUCGCCUGUCGGAUUUUGGACUCGCCCGGCGGCUGAAGCGAGGAGGAAGAGCGUUUACAAUAUGUGGAACCAUCCAAUACAUGGCUCCAGAGGUUUUAGGCGGGGGUCCGUACAACCACGCGGCCGACUGGUGGUCUUUUGGCGUUAUGUUGUUCUCACUGGUGACAGGAGAGUUUCCGCUACCAGCCGAGUCGGACCACACCGCCAUGUUGAAGAAGGUCACAGAUUUCCCUUACGCCCCACCUGGGACCUUAAGCUCUUCUUUGGUCUGGCUGCUCUCUGAGCUUUUGUGCAAGAAUCCGGUGACCCGGCUUCGCAACCUGGAGUGUCUGGAGAUGCAGGCUUUUUUUCGUGGCACUUCGUUUGAUUCUGUCAUCCUUCAGAAGACGCCUGUGGAAGUCAUCCUGGAGCUCAGGACUCGACCUGAUUGGGCAGCAAAAGCAACGAGGGGCCUUUCAUUGGACUACUUUGAUGAAUUUGACUGCGAUAAAAUCCUCUAUUCUCCUACAACUCCCACUGAGCUGUCUCCUACACUGACCAACACGGACCCGAGCCCGGACACUGAGCACAAUUGUUAAGCAUAAGACUGAAUUAUGUUUAAGAAAAAGCUGAUCGGAAGUGAGACAUUUUUCUCUCAUAUACGUGUGACCUCGUGGACUGGCUUUUAAAGUUCAACUGGUGAUCUUAUGGGUCAGUGUUUAAGAAUUGAAGAACGUUGUGUGAUACAUUUUAUGCUGCUAGUAUCAUUGUGGGUUUAUUUACAGUGUUGGAGUUCUAUGAAAUGCUUUAGAGCUUCAACUUCAUAUUUCAACUUGUAAAAGCAAACAUUUUGUCUUCCUUUGAGCUCUAUACAUCUUCGAUUUUCCCCUCUCACAUGAAUUUAAUAUUCAUUGUUUGAAUAACAUCUUAUCACCAAAAAUAA